AUGGGAUGUUCUCAUUCGAAGCUAGACGAUGAGGAAGCUGUUCAGAUCUGUAAAGACAGGAAACGUUUCAUCAAACAGGCAAUAGAACAUAGAACUAAGUUCGCUUCUGGUCACAUUGCUUAUAUCCAGUCUCUUAGGAAAGUCUCUGAUGCUCUCCAUGACUAUAUCGAAGGAGACAACUAUAAGCCUCACGAGUUUGUUCCGAGUCACGACUCGUUUGUUACUCCGGUUAAGAGAAGACCACAUAGCCGCCGUAGUAGCAGCAGGAGCGGCGGCGGCGGCGAGUUCAUCACGAUUUCUCCUUCUUCGAUGCCUCCACAUCCUGCAAAAAUGAUUCAAGAUAAGCCGAGAUCGAAGGUGAAAGUGAACUACAUGAUGGCUAACAGAAGCAGACCGGUUCGAGUCGAACAGAGAUCUCCUGAAACGUUUCGUGUUGAGACAUUUUCAACUCCGAGUCACCAAUUCGGAGAAGCAGAUGGGUUCUUUGGAAUGAACAUGAACAUGAACAUGAAUAUGAAUAUGAACACUUCUGCAGCUUCUUCCUCUUCGUUUUGGAAUCCGUUGAGCUCUCCUGAGCAAAGAUUAAGCAGUCAUAACAUUCCUCCUCCUUCUCCUCAGAACUCUCAGUGGGAUUUCUUCUGGAAUCCGUUUUCGUCUUUGGAUUAUUACGGAUAUAGUGACGAUAGAGGAAGUGUUGAUAAUAGGAAUGGUAUGGAUGAUGAGAUUAGAGGAUUGAGACGUGUUAGAGAGGAAGAAGGGAUUCCAGAUUUGGAAGAAGAUGAACCUAAUGAGCAUCAACCUGUGAGGUUUCAGAAUCAUAAUCCGAAACAAACGGAAGAGAGUAGAGGUAAAGUGGAUAAGAGUUGUUGCAAGGAGGAAGUUAAAGUCGAAGAUGUUGAUGAGAAUGAUGAUGAUGAUGAUGACGAAGAUGAUGAUGAUGAGGAUAAUGAUGAGGAUGAUGGGGAGUUUACAGACAGCGGGUGUGAAACUGAGAACGAGGGAGAUGAGAAAUGCGUUGGAACGCAAGAACAGCGUACAGUUGAGGUGCCUAGAGUAGAGACUACAGGUAAUGUUGUUGGUGUUGGGAAGGUUGAAGAGAUGAAGAAUGUUGUGAAUGUUGCCAAAAGAGAGACGCCUGGUUUCACCGUGUAUGUGAACCGGAGACCAACGAGCAUGGCAGAGGUAAUCAAAGAUCUUGAAGAUCAGUUCACAACCAUUUGUGACGCGGCUAAGGAAGUCUCGGGACUGUUAGAAGCUAGUAGAGCUCAGUACGCACCGUCAUCUAAUGAACAUAGUGCUAUGAAAAUGCUGAAUCCAGUAGCUUUGUUCCGGUCUGGUUCGUCAAGAACUUCGUCUUCAAGGUUCUUGAUCACUUCCUCUGGUGGCUCGAAGGAGAGUGGGUCUGAAAGCAGAAGCGAUGUUUCAGAUGAGUCUUGCAUGAUUUCGGGUAGCCACCAAACAACAUUGGACAGACUCUUCGCGUGGGAGAAGAAACUCUACGAUGAAGUUAGAUCUGGAGAACGAGUUCGGAGAGCAUACGAGAAGAAAUGUAUGCAGCUGAGGAAUCAAGACGUUAAAGGAGAUGAUCCGUUUUCGGUUGAUAAAACGAGAGCUACGAUCAGAGAUCUAGACACACAGAUCAAGGUCUCUAUACACUCGAUUGAAUCCAUCUCCAAGAGAAUCGAGACUCUUCGCGAUCAAGAACUGUUGCCUCAGCUUCUCGAGCUCGUUCAAGGGUUAACGAGGAUGUGGCAAGUGAUGGCAGAGAGUCAUCAGAUACAGAAACGAACACUAGACGAAGCCAAAAUGUUACUCGCAGGGACACAGGUUUCAAAGCGUCACAAGAAGAGACAACCUCAAAUAAUGCCAGAGACCAUCAACUCUCAAAGAUUAGCUCAAUCUGCUUUGCACCUCGAAGCUCAGCUUCGAAACUGGAGAGCCUGCUUCGAGUUCUGGAUCACAUCUCAAAGAUCCUACAUGACAGCAUUAUCCGGUUGGCUUCUCAGAUGUUUCAGAUGUGAUCCCGACCCUGAGAAAGUCAGAUUAUCGUCAUGUCCACACCCAAUAUACAGAGUCUGCAUCCAGUGGUCGAGGCUACUCAACAGCCUGAACGAGAAACCGGUUUUGGACAAACUCGACUUCUUUGCCUCCGGGAUGGGUUCGGUCUACGCAAGACAGGUAAGGGAAGAUCCGAACUGGAGCGGAAGCGGGUCAAGAAGAUAUUCCGGGUCAGAAAGCAUGGACCUUGUGUUGGCUGAUAAGUUAGACGAAGAUGUUGUGAUGACUGCUGAGAAACUCGCAGAGGUUGCUGUUAAAGUUCUCUGCCAUGGAAUGUCUGUUGCAGUGAGUUCACUCGCUGAGUUUGCUAUCAACUCGGCUGAUGAGCACUCCAAGCUUGUUAACCAACCGGAGGACGACGACGCAACCACAUCGGAGCAGCGUCCGGAUGUAAAUUUGAAUUCCUAA